CAGGUAACCACCCAGAUCACAGCACACGAAAAGGCUGAGGGAGAUGCACAUCCACACUUAAGUCUACAGCUUCAUCUUUGAUUAAACUGUUCCUUGAAUCUGCUGGAGAAAACGUACAUUUUCAGAGAGGCAGGUGUGCUGAUCAUGGCUCCAAAAGGAGGAACCCUCCUUCUGCUGCUCAUUGUGUUCAGUGCAGCUUUGGAUAUAUGUCCAGAUACGAAGACAAGGAAAAAUCUUUACUGCGAGGACAGCCCCAAAAAACUGAUGAGGAAAUGCCAGGAAAUGGGACAUCCUGUGCCUGAUGAGACUCAGGUGAAACAAGUGUUUGGCAACAGUGCCAAGGAAAAGACUGAUGAUGAGAACUCAUCAGCUGAAUCCACUUUUAUGAAAUUACUAAAGGAAGUCACAAACAGAGACUUGAAUGACUCAGGCAAAGUGGGAUAUGAGAAGCUUGAUUUCAAGGAACUUCUAAGAAUUGUCAAGCAGCUGAAGAACUCUUCAGAGCCCUCUGUAUGUUACAUGAGAGCAUUUGUCAGCUGUGCAGCCUUAAAUAAUUUGACAAACCAAGAUGAAAACAUGGACUCAAGUGAUUAUGACCAACUGCAGUGGGCAGCUGAUCCAGAGCUGAGGACUAUACCUCCUAACAGACUCCAACUUGGAGCCCAAGCAAAGGGUCCAAAAAUGAAAAGAAAGAUGGACAUACUGGCCAAGGCUUAUGGGCACAUGUCAAAUAACCAGAAGACUCAAGUGUUAAGAUGGGCUAAAGAGCAGAUCAUGCGGGAUCGUUUCAACUGUACUACAUCAUCAUCAAAAUCAACAUCCAUAAAGAAGUGCAAACCAUCACUCAAAUGGCUGACCGCUGACACAUUCAAGAUGAUUGGGAAAUUCAUUUCCAGGCUAGACUCAGCCGAUAUUGAGUCUUGUCCCAAAGAAGCACUGUGCCAAUUUUUCCAAUCACCCAAGUUCAAAACCACCUUCAGCAACAUCAACAAACUAAACCCCACCUUGUGCAAAACAUUGCUCAGUAAAAUCCAAAAAUGUUUCAACAGCUCCGAGGCAUUUGCAGAACAUGUGGACAGGCUUGGCCCACUGGCGUGUUGUUACUAUGACCCCCCAGACAUGACCUCUGACCUCAACAAAAAACUUCUCACACAGCUUUCCUCAUGUAAAAACCCUGGGUUGAGUAAGUUGAAGAGACAGAUUAUCAAGUCUGUGAUGUCCAAUUCUACUGGUGCAAAUGCUGAAACUGUACGAGAGCUGGGUGACAGUGCUGUACUUCUGUCUCCUGAACAACUAUCCAAAGUCCGUAACGAUGAUCUCAAAGACAUCCUCAGAGAUCCCAAAGUCAGAUGGAGGAAGGAACAGCAUGAAGUUCUGCUAAAGAAAAUACUAGGUGAUGAAAAGUGUAAGGAGAUGUCAAGCAGGGACAUGAUGAAUUGUAUUUCGCUUGUGGGAGAGCUUCCCAAAUGUAUAUUCCAAAAAGUCAAAGUUCAGGAUAUGCUGGACAAGCCAGAAGAGCUGAAGAACAUCACCAAUAGAAUGAAAAAGUGGCAGGAGAUGGCCAUCGUGGAAAAGCUCCGGGACAAGGUGGAUCUCUCAGAUGUGAUACGCAAGUUGCCUCCUCCUUUGCUUCGUAGGAUUCCACUUACAUAUCUGAGUAAACUCAACUCUAUGGAUCAAGUGGCGGAUAAAAUGUGGAGUCGAGCACAGGCUGCCUACUAUGUGGAGAAGAUGUCUCAGCAAAGGGACUUUUCUCUUAGGAAUGUGGGUGGACUCCUUCCAGGUGUAACAUGUGAGAUGAUUAGAAAACUUUCUGACAAAGAAACGCUGGCUCUGGCUCAGGCCAUGAAAGAGAAUCCAGACAGGCUCAACAAAGCACAGGCAGCAAUUGCUGCCUUCAGGUAUUUUAGAACUUUGGAGAAACAGAGAGCUGAUUAUUUUAAGACCAUUACACCGGAUGAGCUGGAUGAAAUUUCUCCUGAGAUGCUUCCUUACUUGCCGCCCAGAAAGGUGAAUGAUUUGCCUGAUGCUGUGUGUCCUGUCCUCCUCGACAAGAUGGAAGAGGUCAACUUGAGCUCAUCACCUAUUUAUUCUCCAUCUCGUCCUGCACUCACCCAGAGAGCCCUGCGCUGCCUGACCAAUGGGACAGAUUUAUCUGAACUGACCGUGGAGGAUGUAUACAGGCUUGGACAAUUCUUGUGUGAGAUAAAGCCUUCUGAGCUCCGCCUCUUGUCCCCUGACGUCCUUGUUUCCAGCCUUGAGGCAAUGGAUUCCUGCCAACACAUUCCACAAAAGCACAGGGCACCACUAGUUGAAAUUGUCAUAGAGAAUUUUGGGGCUCCAUCUGAUUGGUCUCCUGAAACUGUGGAAAAACUGGGUCAUAUCAUCCGUUUGAAUGAUACAGUUGUAAAUGAUCUGCCUGACAAGCCUGGGAUGGCGGAAGUUCUGAAAUAUGUGGAUGACCAGCCCAAAAACCCAGAAUCACUGAAAAAGAAAUACUUUGAUCUCGUCAUCAAAGAAUCAAAAGGAGCACGCAAAAAGAGAGAAACCAACAGUAAUGGGAAUGGCAACAGUGGCAACAAUGAUGGAGGCAGCAACACUGAGACAGGCGGUAACACUGUCAGGGAUCAAACACCCACUGUGGAGCUCAUUGAAAGACUGGGAAUGAAUAAUGUGUACUGGUCAAUGGAGCAAUUGAAAGCGAUUUCACCGGAAAUUUUCACUGCAACUGUACAAACUCUCGGGAGUGUUCCUGACUACGACCAUAAAAAACUGGCUGUUCUGAAUAGAAAGGCAGUUCAGGUAUGGGGUCCUGCAGCACAGAUGAAUGAAAGUGUGGUGGCACAGAUGGGAUGCAUCGCUCAGGGUUUCUCUGACACAGAGCUGGAGGAACUUGACUUCUCGCUGGACACUCUGGAUGAUAUCGCCCACUGUAACUGGAAUGAAUCACAGCUGGUGCCUGUGUGGAAGGGCAUUGGCACAUUCAACAACUGGACAGCUGAGCAGCUGGAGGCUACAGACAUGGUAGCAUUAAACCGGUUCAUCUGUGGCCUGAACUCCAGUGAGAUCAGACAGCUCAACACGUCUGCGUUCAUAGAUGCUGUGGGUGCAAUGGAUGACAUGCAGUGCUCCUUUGAAGUGGCGCAGCACUUUAAAAGCCAUGCUGUGUCUGUAUUUGGAGCUCCCAGCAGCUGGACAGCAGCACAGGUGUCAUACCUGGGCAACAUCAUUGGUGGGCUGAAUGCCCGUGAGUUUGCCUCUUUGAAGACGCCCGUUUUAUCAUUCAUCUCUCCAAAAUCCAUCCCACUCAUUCUUCCCAAAGUACUAGCUGUUCUGACUCCUGCCCAGAUUGAGGCCCUUGGACCUGACAAUGCUGCCAUGUUAACAAACAAACAGAAAGAUGCCCUGGGAGCAGAGCAACGGGAUGCCCUUGAAAUUGCUUUGAAAGGAGUUAGUGAGACAGAUGGAAGCUAUUCAGGAGCUCCAUCACUGAGUGUUGAGGGGAUGUCUGCCUUCAUGAAGCCACUUCUGUUUCUCUUGAUGGGUUUUAUGUUGCUGUGAAAACACAGCACAGUCAAAUCCAACAAAAUAAAAGCUGCAGGAGCUCUAUCUUAACAGCCACUUUUCUGAAGAAUGGAUUGUCACAGAGAACUAGUGAUAGCAUAUUUGCCUCAAAAUCAUAUUAAGUUUAUUGUAGACUGACACUAACAAUGUGUAUAGAUGUUGAGGCUGUUUUAUUGUUCACAGCUGAAGUGAGCUUUGUUUAUGAAUAGGUUCAGCUUUUAUUAUUUACAAAUAUACUGCUGAUAUAUAUUUCUAAGGUUUAUUUUAAUAGAAAUAAGAGCAAUGUUUAAUGAUUGACAUUUGAUGUUUUGUGUAAUGAAAUGCCUCAUGAUUUUAAUAAAGAUAAU